GCAGUGGAACGGUGAGGUCAGGGUGUUUUCUUACCUGCUCCCUUGGCAGCAAUGGAUCGUGACAAGAUUAAAGAAAGGGAUGCUGCAAGUAAGAGAUGUUGCAUGUGCUUGGGUUGGACUAUAUUUGCUGGGUGCAUGGCGGCGUGUUGUGCUGUCGGUCUCAUCGUCUGUGGGGCCGUCAUCGCCGCACCGGUCAUAGAGACCAAGUCCCUGGAGUUUCUGGAGACAACCUGCACCACCAACAACAGUUAUCUCACCGGGCAGAACAUUGUAUGUGGCUGUGGUGAGGAAUGUAGUUCCAACUACCCCUGUCUGCGCAUGACAGUGACAUAUGUUGUAAACAACGUCACAUACGACGGCGUGCUGUUCGAUACUGAGUCAAGGCUGAACGUUGCUGGGGACAAUGCCGAGAAUAGACAGUGUGUUACGGUGCGAUGCAGCGACGAUGAAAGGGACAAUCGUGCAAAUGUCCUGAAUUUCAACGACACCUACGCUCCUGGACAAUCCUACAAGUGUCUGUAUCAUCCAGACAGGCCAACGAAAGUCCUGCUGACCCGACUGUUCACGUAUGACGCCAUGUUCCACUCCAUGCUGUGGACCAGCAUCGGGACCUUCAUCUUCACCGUCCUCAUGAUCUACUGUUGGUACCAGUGUCAUCAGGCGUGCUCUAUUCAGAGAAAGGCGUGCUCUAUUCACGUACCCAUCUCGGUACCUCCGCAAGCACCGGGGGCAUCAGCAGCAGCAGCAGCACCACCGGGGGCACAGUCCGGCUAUUUCAUCACCCAGCCCCCGUCAUAUUCAGCUCCAGGCAAGAACCUGCCGAUGCACCCCCCACCACAAAACCUGUACUCCUCUGAAAAGUCAGGGUACACAUACACCUAGUACCUGAGGCUGAGAUAGGUCGAUUGUCCCGACGAUUUUGUGAAACCCGCUGUGGUGUUAGUAGUUGGAUUGAAUGUAUAGGUGGUUAGGACCAACUCUAAAAAAUGAAUGUUUGCACUUUCUUUUUCGGUAUAUAAUCAAGAAAAUCACUGAUGUGAGUGAGUGAGUGAGUGAGUGAGUGAGUGAGUGAGUGUAUGAGUGAGUGAGUG